UCGUGUCUCGACGUCGGAUUGGAAGUUAAACGAACAUUGAACAAACCGGCCGUGGCGAGUCGAGUGGCAACUGGCGCCAUUACUCUCGACGUACUGAUCCGAACGUGACUGUGUCUGCUUUUCGCUUGUUUUCCGCUCAUCGAUCGUGAAAGAACAUCAAAUACUGCGCAGUGUUAAGAUAAUAUCUAACAACGUUACUGGUAGUGGUGGUAGCUGAACAAGGUCACAGAGUUCGCUACGACAUGGGAGCAAGGCCCCGGGAGUUAAUACUGCUCCUGGCAGUUUGCGCGUUAGCUAUCAGCGAGGCAGUAAACAACACCAAGGAGGUAAAAGAAAAGGACUCCGAUAACUUCCUCUUCCAAUACGAAGACUACGAUGCAGCCGAUGGCCAGGAAGUUCUCUUCAAUGAAGACAGACCUUGCCCACGUGAUUGCAUAUGCACCGUAUCUCAGGGAUACAGAAUAGCAAAGUGCAACCGACUGGAACUUGGCACUCAGAAAUUCGGAGAUGACAUUACAGAUCUUGUAAUUGAAAAUGCAGAGAUACCGAUUGAGCUUGAUGACUUUAUUUUCAAGAAAUUGGGUCUACAUCAGGUAGCCACGAUUAAAAUUGUUAAUAGUACCAUUAAAUCAGUGGGUCCUAAAGCAUUCCACGGUCUCCAUGAACUUUAUGCUGUUAACCUUUCGAACAACAAACUCAAGAGUCUUCAUCCCGAAACUUUUGCCACCAAUAAAAAGUUAUUGUUGUUGACGCUUCCGAACAAUCCCUUUAAAUUUCCAGCACCGGGAUCACAAGAAUACUUCUUAAACGCAUCCUCUGUUCAAGAACUUGUUCUUUCUAACUGUAACAUGCAAUAUGUAACUGCAAAUACUAUCAAACAUAUGCCCGGACUGAUGUAUCUCAAUCUGGCCGGAAAUAAUCUGUCCGAUAUGGAAGCUGACACCUUCAAGAGUCUUUUAGACCUAGAAGAGUUAGACCUUAGUGACAACAACAUCAAAUCUCUUCCUGAUGACAUUUUCUCAGAAAACACAGAGUUAGCGACACUCCAUAUUCAGAGAAACCCAAUCGACUCCGUGUACGGACUUCAGAUAUCUGACCUUCUUACACUUAACGCUGGUCAAACCAAUAUACAGUUUGUUGGUCCUUCCAUGUUUAAUGGCAUGUCUUACAUAGCUAACUUAAAUCUUAGUGGAAAUAGUAUUGAAAAGAUUCAUAACCAGGCAUUCCACAAACUUGUUGAACUCAACUAUCUUGACCUUUCAUACAACAAUUUAGAUUUUAUUUCCAGUGUUCUUAUCAAAGAAAACAUUGAAUUAGAUAUUUUCAAAAUAUCAAACAAUCCCAGAUUAAAACAUUUGCCAGAAGACGGGUUCCAGUGCUCUGCAGAGCAAUUCAAUAUUUAUUUGUUCGAGGCUGCUAAUUGUGGUCUAGAAGAAAUUUUUGAUAACUCACUUAAGACAUUUACGGCUUUGUCUCAAAUUAACCUCUCUGGCAAUAAAAUCAAAACAAUCAGUACACAAGUAUUCUCUCGCAGCCCAAAAUUAGUUGAAAUCAACCUUUCGUACAAUCAUCUCGCAAGCUUAGAUGCUAAAAUUUUUGAAAAGAACAAAGAACUCGGCAAACUGAACCUUCAAGGUAACCCUUUGAAAGUGCUAUCUGCUGAUGUAUUUGUUCACACACCGAUGUUAACUUGGUUAGAUAUGAGCCAUUGUGAAUUAACGUCACUAUGGAAAGAUGACAAGAACCGCUCUGCACACCUUCUCGAUAAUUUAAGUUUCUUAAAUGUAUCACAUAAUCGUAUUACCGAGAUCAAACAAACUGAACUUUCCCAUCUUAAUAAAUUGCUCACUCUGGACAUUACCAACAAUUUACUUGCAUGUAGUCGUGACUUUGAAAAUCUUAUGUCUUGGCUUAGUACGAAAAAGGUUUCACCGAACGGAAACUCUGCUAGCAUUGCAAAUCUAUCUAAGGAUGCAAAGGAAGAAGAAGGUACAUAUAGUUGGGAGUUCCUUACGCGUAAAACAUGUGGCACUGCUAUGACACAUCCUGUUGAGUUAUUACCACCAGUAGAUGAAGAAAUAUGGGAAAGAAUCGACAAAGACGCAGUGGGCGACAUCGGACUUAAGGAAAUGCUUGAUGACGGAAAAGUUGCAGAUGACACAAAGAGCACAAAUGUUAAUAAGAUUGAGGGAGAUAACGAGGAUGAUGACGCAGAUGACGAGGCCGAUGAUGAUGCUGAUGAAGACGGUGAUGAUGAUUCAGCUGAAGAUUACGAUGACGACGAUGAGGAAAAUAGCGACGAUAACGUAGAUUUGAAAGUUAAGCUCAUCGAAAAACCUGAAGGUAAGCUGCUAUCCACUACUGCUGCACCAAAAGAACAAUCGCCAGGCAAAAACAAGAUGAAGAUUGACAUUAAGUUACUAGAAAAUGACAUCGUGUAUGAUGACUUGGACCCUGAAGUAUUCGUGCAAGGGUCGUUAGAAGAGCCUGAUCACGGCAAAUACGAGUAUCUGUGGCCAGUUUUGAUUUCUGUUUUAAGUGCUCUGUUGCUCCUCAUUGUAAUCGCUAAGGUCGUGAUGCUCGCUUGCGGUAGAAAGAAUAAGCAAGUGAGAUACAACAGUGCCAUAAUAGCGGCCAUGAGUCAACCAGGCCGUACGAAGAAGGACUGUGGGUUGGUGUAUCAGCAGUUGUCAGAAGACCUCACCGGUCCGGCCACACCAAAACUGAACCGCUACGCACCACUUCACAACGUAACUGUGAACGCUUCCAACGUCCAGUCUUACGAAAGCAGUCCAUUCCACCACAGCAACAUUGUGCCCGAGGCUGUGUAACUCCGUACAAACCUUACUAUAAUAUGUACACUAAUAACUGUGUUAACUCGUUAAGUGAUGCAAUAAGGCGCUAUUCACACAAAAUUUCAUAACAUUUUGAUAUUCGUAAGUGCCUUCAAUCAAUGUUCGAACAAGAUCCAUCUAGCGCUGCAUAAUUAAGUAAUUGUAACAAGAAAGUCAAAUUUCAACAAAUUAAGUUAAGAUAUACAUAAUUAUUAUAUAUUAUACAAAUUAGUUGAUAGGUCUAUUUUAUGUACUUAAAAUUAUUAAAAUUAAACACUUAA